UGUGUGUCUCAGUGGGAAGCCGGCCAGCGUCCUCACCCCUCAACGAUGCAAAGGUUGAAUGUAUUAUUCAGGAGACACUGAAUGAGGACGGGUCGCAUCAUGACUGCGGCCCACAGCUAGCAGAGGAGCUCGAUGAGGUGCAGAGACACCAGGGUCUGCUGGGCGAGCUGCAGAGGCUCGCUGACGACGAGCGAGAGCAUGCGAAGGAGCGCUACGAGUACAACCUGUCUGACGAUGAGAGCGACUUCGAGCAAGGAGACGAGGAGGAAGAGGAGGAAGAGGAGGAGAGAGACGUGACCGACCCUCCAAAAGAGACUGAGGAAAAGGAGGAAGACGACACUAAGAAGAAGAAGAUAAUGGAGGAGCCACGCAUCGAACACAGAGGCAGCGACACGGAGGAGGAGCGAGCGAAGGAGCUGGAGGAGCUGCUGGCCGAGGAGAUCACCAAGAAAGGGAAGGAGGAGAGGAACGACGAGGAGCUGAAAGAACUGCUGAAGGAGCUGAAGAAGAAACGCUACGAGGCGGUGAAGGAGAGGGAGGUCCAGAAGAGCUCCGAGACACAGGAGGAGGGGGAGGGGGAGGAGGAGAAGAAGAAGAAGGGGGAAACAGAGGAGGACUUGGAGAAGCAGAGGCUCGACGAGAGGAGGAAGAACGAGGUGGAGCUGAUGGUGGAGAGGGAGAAAGUGGAGAAGGAGCUGAAGGAGCUGCUCGGGGAGAAGGAGAGCAAAGGCAAGACGGAGAAGGAGAAGGAGAGGAAGGAGAAGCAGGAGGAGCUGGACGAGCUGGUGAGGAAGAUGAAACGAGUUCAGGAGGAAGAGGAGGAGGAGAAGAAAGAGGAUGGAGGAGGCGUGGAUCAGAAGAAGGAGGGAGGAGAUGACAAGGAGACCGGGGAGAAAGUGGAGAACGAAGUGAAGGAGAAGGAGGAGGAAGGGGAGGUGAAGGAGCCGCAGCAGAAGAGGGUGAUGGAGAAAGCCAGCGAUGAAGCCACCAAGCAGUUUGAAAGGGAGAGGAACAAGGACGCAGAGGAAGAGGAGGGAGGAGAUGAGGAGGGAGGAGAUGAGGAGGAAUAUGUUAGGGAGGAUGAGGAGGGGCAGGAGGAGGAAGACAAUGAGGAAGGGGACGCUGAAGAAGAUGAAGGAGAGGAGCUGCUGGAGAUCGAAGCAGAGCUGCGCAAAGUGGCUGCAGAGCUGAGGGCGCUUCGCAGAGGAUAAGACACACACACACACACACACACACACACACACACACACACACACACACACACACACACACCACA